UUUUGAAAUUUCAGGGAAUGAAACCGUAGCCGAUAGACUUGUAAAUCGUAUGAAUCAUUAUUCGUUUCUUGGUUCGUCUUCUUCCUUCGAAAGUGUUCGUCUUCUUCUUCUCCCUAAUCCAUAACUGCUUCUCCAAAUUAGGGUUCUCAAUGGCACAAGCCAUGGAUGUUGGAGAUGAAGUGAUGGAAGGCACUAUUCAGUCUCUUAUCAUGGAUUCCCUAGAGUCUAUUAAAAAAGGUGCCUUACAAGAAAUCCUUGGUUCUCAGCCGCCUGAAUCACUCAGCUCUUCUUCACUUGUAACUAAUGGUUUAACCGGGGGAGCUGACACUGUGAUACUUGCAUCUCGUGAGCGGGCAGAAACAAAACAACUCCGAAGAAGAAUCCGAAAUGCUGUUCUAAGUAUUGGUGAAGAAGCAGAAAGAAGUGAUGAAGAUGAUGAUGAUAAUGAUGAUGAUGAUGAUGACAUGCCAACCGAUGAGGAUUUGAAUAAUUUGCAGUCAUCAACUUUUACGGGAAAUCCAUUUUUGCCAGGAUACAAAGAUGACCCGAGAAUGACGGAAAACCUCGAGUUAGGAGCCGAUAUCAGCUCUUCAUUAUCUGAGAUGGAGCCUUCAACUAAGGAUAUUUUCAGGGUUUGGGAUUUGGAUCUUCCUGUGGAGGAAGACGACCUGGUAAAGCAGUUGAACAAGGCCCUCGAAGAAAGUUUGCCUCAACCGGUCCCAUCAACUUUUGAUGAUUCUGAUGUAUGGAAAAGUAUGAAAGUAGAUUCGGUUGAUGAUCUAGUUUCUGGGAUUGCAGAUCUAUCUUUGGAUCUCAACUCUAGUUAA